CAAAUAAAAGACCAUGGCUGGCAUCCCUCUCCAUCUGCUGUUUCUUCCACUUCUGAUGAUCAUCACCAUCAUCCCCUUGGCCUACCUCCUCCGCUCUCCGCACCGCCGACAUGCCGCCGGCCUCCGGCUGCCACCGGGGCCCUGGGCUCUACCAGUGAUCGGCCACCUCCACCACCUCCUGCUGGACGCGCUCCCACACCGCAAGCUGCGGGACCUUUCAAGGCGCCAUGGUCCACUGAUGCUGAUCCGCCUAGGCGAGCUACCCGUCGUCGUCGCCUCGUCGGCCGAUGCGGCCCGCGAGAUCACCAAGACGAACGACCUCGCCUUCGCGACGCGGCCCAUCGGCCCGGCGACGAGGCUGGCCCUGCCCGACGGCGCCGAGGGCCUCAUCUUUGCCCCCUACGGCGACGUGUGGAGGCAGCUCCGCAGGAUCUGCACCGUCGAGCUGCUCAGCGCCCGGCGCGUGCGGUCCUUCCGGGCCGUCCGCGAGCAGGACGCCGGCAGGCUCCUCCGGGAGGUGGCGGCGGCGGCGGAGCAAGCGGUGAACCUCAGCAGCUGCAUAUCGUCGUACGUCGCCGACUCGGCGGUGCGAGCCAUCAUGGGAAGCCGGUUCAGGGACCGGGCGGAGUUCUUCCGGCUGAUGGAGAAGGGGAUCGAGCUCUUCUCACGCCCGAGCUUGCCGGACCUGUACCCGUCGUCGCGCCUGGCGAUGCUUGUCAGCGGAGUGCCCGACAGGAUGAGGCGGGUGCGCGUGGAGAUGAUGGCGUUCAUGGAUAGUAUCAUCCAGGAGCAUCAGCUGAGCAAAGCUGACGACACUGACAACAAAGAGGAGGACCUCCUUGACGUGCUCCUCAGGAUCCAGAGGGAUGGUGACCUGGAGUUCCCGAUCACCAUGGACAACAUUAAAGUCGUGAUCGCUGACCUUUUCCUGGCCGGCAGCGAGACAUCUGCGACCACGCUACAAUGGGCGAUGUCCGAGCUCAUGAGGAACCCAAGGGUGAUGCGACAGGCGCAGGACGAGAUCAGGCAGGUCCUCAAGGGCCAGGAGAGAGUAUCAGAGGCGAGCUUAGGCGAACUAGAUUACUUCCACCUGGUCAUAAAGGAAACUCUCCGUCUACAUCCCCCGUCACCACUUCUUUUGCCACGGGAGUGCCGUAGCCCAUGCCGAGUGCUAGGGUUUGAUGUUCCUGUAGGAGCCACCGUGUUGGUGAACGCUUGGGCGAUUGGCAGGGACCCGGUUCAUUGGGAUGCGCCAGAAGAGUUUGCGCCCGAGAGGUUUGGACAUGGAAGGAGUAGUGUCGACUUGAAAGGUACAAACUUUGAAUUCAUACCAUUUGGGGCAGGGCGGCGGAUGUGCCCAGGGAUGAUGUUUGGGCUAGCAAGCGUGGAAAUCGCGCUGGCUAGCCUUUUGUACCACUUUGACUGGAAGCUACCACAUGGAAUGGCGGCUGAAGAAGCUGUUGAUAUGAAGGAAGUGAUGGGGGUCACCGCACGACGUCGAUCCGACCUUUUGCUUGUUCCGGUUGUCCAUGCACCUGUCCCUGCUUAUGACCCGUUAACCAUUGAUUAGCUUUCUUUGGUCCUUGUGCAUGUUUACUCGCCACUUAGUUCAAUGAUUCGCCGUCUGUCCAAGUAAUAAGAUUAUGAUAUAUUUGUAUGCAUUUUUCUAGUUUUUGUAUGAUCUUGCUGGCUGGAUGACGAGGUGUGUGGAUAAAAAUAAGCAAGAUUUGUGUGACUGAAUUUGACAGUGUUAACCGUUGCGUGCACAAGGUGUAUUUCUGUC